CCUCUGAAGACGGAAAAGAACAGCAAGUGCAAGACCACGCAUUCCACCCUGGCUUGCAGAUUAAACCAGCUGUCAAGCCAGGGUGAAGGCUCCGUGGCCAGGCAGAGGUCUGUGGAGUGGAGAGGCAAGGCCUCACGAUGGAACUCUGAGAUGACAGCAUGCAGGCACCAAAAGAGUGGACGCACAUACAGAAGACAGCCAUGCACUGAGCUGCAGACAUGCAACAAUAACAGGUGAGUUCCCACAAAUUGGUUCACAAAGGUGGGGGAUAAACACGCUGGCCCACGCUGGGCAAGCAUGGCACCACCUCGCAGGCACUGUCUCCUUCUGAUCAGCGCUCUGGGCGUCUUUGCACUUAACUGCUUCACCAAAGGUCAGAAGAACAGCACGCUCAUCUUCACAAAGGAAAACACCAUUCGGAACUGCAGCUGUUCUGCGGACAUCCGGGAUUGUGACUACAGUUUGGCCAACCUGAUGUGCAGCUGUAAAACCGUCCUGCCCCUUGCGGUGGGGCGAACCAGCUACAAUAGCCAUCUGACCAUCUGGUUCACGGACACAUCUGCGCUGGGCCGCCUGCUGAACUUCACGCUGGUCCAAGACCUGAAGCUUUCCCUGUGCAGCGCCAACACUCUCCCCACUGAAUACCUGGCUAUCUGUGGUCUGCAGAGGCUGCGCAUCAACAUGGAGGCCAAGCAUCCCUUCCCAGAGCAGAGCCUACUCAUCCAUAGGGCUGGGGACAGUGACUCCAGAGAGAAGCCCAUGUGGUUACACAAAGGCUGGCAGCCAUGUAUGUAUAUCUCAUUCUUAGAUAUGGCUCUUUUCAACAGGGACUCAUCCUUAAAAUCAUAUAGUAUUGAAAACGUUACCAGCAUUGCCAACAACUUUCCUGACUUUUCUUAUUUUAAAACCUUUCCAAUGCCAAGCCACAAAAGCUAUGUUGUCACAUUUAUUUACUAACAUAAUAACUGCGUCCAGCUGCCUGGAACUUUGGCAAACGAUGGAUAAUUUGCAGAAGGAAUCUGGAAAUAAGGCCAUGA